ACAUAUAUAUAUGGCCCCUGAUCUGCACACAAGGCUUGCACGCAGAUGCAUCACAAGUUCACAACGCAGGAAGGCAUAGGCAGCAUCGAUCAGCACUGAGCCUCCACCCUUAAGCUGGCCUAUGGAUUAUGGAGGGAACUGUACCGCAACUGCUACAUUGCAUGAACAGGUCCAAUGCUCAAGUGACGCCAUUAAAACCUUCAGCAACACCAGGACAAGGCAGAUAUGGCUGGGGAAUGCACUGCUGUUUGCCAGUCCUGGCGUCAUAGGAGUCUUAGUUGGGAUAGGCGGCUACGGCCAGCGCUAUCGCCACCACCCCUCGAUCCGUUUCAUAUUCCUUGGAGCCAACACACUAUUCUUGCCCAUUGUGUCCUCUGUCGUCUCCAGCCUUAGUGACAGCUCCAAUGAUUAUGUCAACUCACCAAAUAACAAAUGCACGGGAUCAACCUUGGCUGCUUUGUGCUAUUCCAAUAUCCAUCCAUGCACUGUCAUAACAUGGGCAUUCCUUGUUCAAAUUGCCUCCAUCAACACUACCUCUGUUGUCGCUACUGACACUAGAGAAAGUCCAAGGAUAGGACCUUCUCUCGAGCUACUUGUUAAGGGCAUCUGGAUCUUGUACCUAGGUGCUAGCAUCACCGGAAACCGGUUUUUCUAUGGGAUCUUUGGAGUAUCACAUGGUAAAAACCACAUGUCAUCGGUCUCCACUUCCAUCUGUUCCAAAAUAAUGUUCGCACCUUUUGUUCUCAUUUGUGCCAAACUUUGGCUCAAGUGCUAUGCAUUUAAAAAGGCAAGGAGCUCAUUUGCACUAGGACGUAAUCCUGGCCUUGUCUUUGGGUACAUGCAGCAGCUACAACAACAAGAAAGAAUUCCACAUGGUGAACCUCUGAUAGGUGAGGAUGCCGGCCCUCCUCCUCUCCUGGUUAUGGGAGAAGAUAGGAGACAAGUGGUGAAUCAUCCUUGUGGGUAUGUCUUCACCAAUGGCUCAGGAGACAACAAUAAUGGCUUGGUUACCCUUGAUAAAAUUUGGCAGUCAGACAAGGCUCUUCUGAUGGUACCGAAACUAAAAGAUUUGUGCUUGUCCUAUGCACUAUUCAAGUUGCUGAGGUGCCGGUUUGCAAGGUACAAGAUUUCUGAUGUUGACUCUGUGAGGAUGCUAGCAUUUUUUCGUAGCUUGCUGCUAAUGGAGGGUGGACAUGACAGGGUGUUCAGGGUGAUUGCCGAUGAGCUUUGUUUUGUUCAUGAUUACUAUUAUUCAUCCUCCUCAAUAUCCUAUGCAAAGUGUUGGGUACCCAUUUUGAAUACCUUUAUCUCCCUCUUGAGCAUAGUUUAUUGCAUUGUGGCUGCAAGCUUCAUUUUGGCACUUGCAGUGUCAGCUCAGCACCAGAAAGGCCAUCUCACACAGAUCCAAUGUCACUUCUGGUGCACUCAACUACUGGCGGCAAGCAGAAGAAGGUCUCAAAACUUUGGAAGCUUGUACGUUGAUUUGGUGGCAGUAUUUUUGCUUCUUGCUUUGGUCCUUUCUACUGAGGUGAGGGAUAUUGCUUCAUACAUUUGCUCCAACUGGACAAAAGUAGCCCUCACAUACCAUCAUGUAAAUUGUACCUCUUCUCAACAUCCACUUGGAAUUCAAAAUUGGGUUGUUAGCCGUUUGCUAAAGUGCCGAAGCAUGACAGUGAACCAAUGGGAAGAAACAAUAGGCCAGUGCUCAGUACUGGCUCUUGAUCACCCAAUACCAAGCCCUACUGUCCGUCUCAUCAAUUUUUUCAGGUUGCCGGACGAAAUGAUCAAGGUCAAGGUGCCGGAAGCAGUGAAGGUUUGCAUCUUAGAUGUGCUCAGAAGCAUCUGCAAUAACAGCCAUGGGCUGCAUCGUCUAAGCAAUGGAGCAUCAUCUCUGCGGCGGAUCCAAGAUGGUGACAGAUUCAUCUGGGCCUGCAACGGCAAUGGUACUGCAGACAUCAUACUUACAUGGCACAUCGCCACAUGCAUCCUUGAGGCGAGGCAUCCUUACCGUCAUGAUUUGGUGAAAGGUUCUCCAUUCGUCUCUGAUCAACACAAGGUUGCUGCAACUCAUCUAUCACGGUACUGUGCGUACCUUAUGACCUGGUUCCCGGAGAUUCUCCCUGACGAGAUUGAAUGGAGCAAGAGCUUGUAUGAAGUUGUCAAGGAGAAUGCCACACGUGUCAUCGCUGUCCGGGCUGCGACCUGGCUGCAGUUGGCACCUGAGGCUAAGUACCUGGAGCUAGUGCAGUUGCUAAGUGAAGGCUCCAAUCAUGAGGUGUUGCAGAACGGAGUGAGGCUCGGAAAGCAGUUGGUUGAGGAAUUCACCGAGGCUGAGGAAAUAGCAUGGGCAAUGGUGGCUGACUUCUGGGCGGAGAUGAUCCUAUAUGUCGCGUCUUUGAAGAAUCUGAGAGGUCACUCCAAUACCAUCGCCCGUGGUGGAGAACUGAUCACCCUUCUCUGGGCAUUGCUCUUCCAUGCUGGGAUAGUUAGUAGGCCGGGAGAAACCGGCACAGCAGCUAGUGUUUGAUGGGGUUGCUACUUGCAGUGUCUGUCCUCGUGUUUUUAUACUACUUAUUAUUAAUCAUGGUGUUUCCAUGCAUCUAUAAGUAGGAGUAUAUGGGAUCGACCAUGUGCAUGGAAGCCAUCAGAGAUGUGCGCACUGUUAUAAACGACGCAUAGGAAUAUGAAGUAAACGAAAUCAAUCACAGCGAAGACACACGAUUUACGUGGAAAACCCCUUCAAUGCGAAGGGGAAAAACCACGGGCACCAGCCGGCAACAAUCUCAUUAUCUCAAGAGUUUUGGGUUACACGCCUAUAGCGGCUUACAAGAGAAUCAAGUCUCUGGCCCAAGCCUCUGGCGACGGGUCUCCGCUUCGCUCCGUCAGAAGCCCGA